UGGAGAAUUAAAACGGCACCUAAACAGAGCUGUUCUUUGCCUUUUCUUCUUCAGGACCCAUGUUUUCACAUUUUUCCUUUGACUGUGUCCUGCUCUUGCUGCUACUACUUACAAGGUCUUUGGAAGGAGUAUGUGUGUCUGAGGUGGGUCAGGAUGCUGAUCUGCCCUGCGCCUACUCUCCACCCACCCCUGAGGAUCUCGUGCCUGUGUGUUGGGGCAAGGGACCCUGCCCUUUGUUUCAGUGUCACAGUUUGGUACUCAGCACUGAUGGAAAGAACUUGAGCUAUCGGAUAUCCAGCAGAUACCUACUAAAGAGGAAUUUCCGCAAAGGAGACGUGACCUUGACCAUAAAGAAUGUGACUUUAGCUGACAGUGGGACCUAUUGCUGCCGGAUCCAAUUCCCAGGCCCAAUGAAUGAUCAAAAAUCAAACCUGGAGUUGGUCAUCAAACCAGCCAAGGUCACCCCUGCUGGGACUCCAUGGAGGGACAUCACUACAGCCUUUCCAAGGACGCUCACCACCGAGGGACCUGGCUCAGAGACACAGACACUGGAGACCCUCCAUGAUAAAAAUCAAACAGAAAUAUCCACACUGGCUAAUGAGUUACAAGACAUGGGCGCCACCACCAGAAUAGGCCUCUACAUCGGAGCAGGGGUUUCUGCUGGUCUGGCUCUCGUUCUUAUCUCUGGUGCUUUAAUUCUCAAAUGGUAUUCUGAUAGCAAAGAGAAGAUGCAAAAUUUAAGCCUCAUCACUUUGGCCAACCUCCCUCCCUCGGGGUUAGCAAAUACAGCAGGAGAGAGGACACAUCCAGAGGAAAACAUCUAUAUCACUGAGGAGAACGUAUAUGAAAUGGAGGAUCCGUACGAGUAUUACUGCUCCGUCAGCAGAGGGAAUCAGUCCUGACAACCCCUGGGCUGUUGUCUUUCAACGCCACCAGCUUCACCACUUCCUUUUGGGGUUUGGUGUUAUCUUCUUUGAAAACUAUGAGAUGGCUCGACUGACUGGUUUUAGGGGUUCUGUCCUUGGCCACCGAGCAGAGUUUUUCCAUGUUCUAAAGAUAAGUAGCUCACCCGAGGAUUGAACGGGGACCAGCAUUGUACUUAGACAGGUACAACAUUACCUCUGUGUUCCCGCCACCCAACUCGGAGACUGCUAAUCAGGGCAUUAGAGCUCAAAUGGGCUUUUAUAGAGAGUAGGAAUUCUUAAUAUGGGGUCUCUGGAAUUCCAGAUAUUCAGUUAUAUGGUGUGUCCAUGAAGCUCCUGAAAAUACAGGGGAAAUUAUGUGCUGA